AAAAUGAUAUAUACCAACAACACAAAGUUUGUACUCACAACCAAAAGAAGAAUUCAAACGCAAGACAGAAAGAUCAAUGGCAAGCAACGGUAAUGACAACUGCAACGCCAACGCCAAGGUUUGGCGGUUCAAAGGAAACGGUGCAACGAGUGAUGCGGCGGCAGUGACGUUGAGAAAGCUUGCUUUUGGGAUGUUCAAAAACUGCACCAUGAACAGCGGAAAGACCAUUUUGUUCCCAACUCCAGGAGAGCCCUCCGCUCAUCCCAACUUCAGGACUUGCCCCGAAGCUGAGGAAGCUGUGGCUGCAGCCGCACACUCCGGCAUGGCUGACUCUUACGCACCCAGCCCCGGAGUUUUCAAGGCUAGAAGGGCGGUGGCUGAUUAUUUAAACGGAGAGCUUCCAACGAAGCUGAAGCCAGAGGAUGUGUAUAUCACCGGAGGAUGUAACCAAGCCAUAGAGAUUGUAAUAGAUUCUCUUGCCGGAAAUCCAGCCGCCAACAUUCUACUUCCAAGGCCGGGCUAUCCUCACUACGAUGCUCGUGCUGUCUAUAGCGGCCUUGAGAUUCGCAAAUACGAUCUUCUCCCUGAGAGUGAUUGGGAAAUCGAUCUCGAUGGACUCGAGGCUGCUGCGGAUGAGAAUACCGUCGCAAUGGUUAUCAUCAACCCCAACAAUCCAUGUGGAAACGUUUACACCUACGACCAUCUCAAUAAGGUUGCGGAGAUGGCUAGGAAACUCGGGAUAAUGGUGAUAUCCGACGAAGUAUACGAUCGUGUUGUAUAUGGAGACAUGCCUUUUAUUCCCAUGGGGAAGUUUGCAUCAAUAGCUCCGGUAAUCACGCUCGGAUCCAUAUCCAAAGGGUGGGUCGCCCCGGGCUGGAGAGUCGGCUGGAUCGCCAUGAACGAUCCUAAUGGUAUCUUUAUAUCUACAGGGGUAGUUCAAGCAAUAGAGGAUUUUCUUGAUUUAACUCCACAACCUUCAUUUAUUCUUCAGGAAGCACUUCCUGAUAUAUUGGAGAAAACACCUAAAGAAUUCUUCGACAAGAAGAUCAAAGCCAUGAGGCGCAACGUCGAGCUUUCAUGUGAGAGGCUCAAGGACAUUCCUUGUUUCUUUUGUCCCAAGAAACCCGAAUCUUGUUCUUAUUUAUGGUUGAAGCUUGACACAUCAAUGUUGGACAAUAUCAAAAAUGAUUUUGAUUUCUGCACGAAGCUAGUUAGUGAGGAGAGUCUUAUCCUUAUACCAGGAGUGGCUCUAGGGGCAGAGAAUUGGGUGAGGAUAUCGAUCGGAACCGAUGAAUCAGUGGUAGAAGAAAUAUUUGACAGACUAAAAGGUUUCUAUGAUCGUCAUGCCAUCUCCAAGGAAGCUAUCAAACUUAAUGGUCAUGCCAUUAAUCAAAUCGUCGUCUCUGUCGUCUGAUUGAAGUUGUCUUAUACCACAAGUCCACAUUAGAGUUUAUGUGUACUUCCAUAAUUAUCAGGAACACAAUCAAGAGAAAACAGCAUUGGAUAAUGAAAUAAAGAUGUGUGAAAUAU